AUGACGAGCGAAGAAGUCCUCCAAUGGACAAUUCCUCUGUUGUGUAACAGAAGCUACGACAGUCAUAUUCCACUUGACUCGUGUGUCUACCAGUUCAGAGAAGACAUCGAAGAGGUUGUCUAUCAAGAAAAACGGAGAAUAGAAGUGUAUCAGACGAUGAGCGAGUUGACGAAAAGUAAUAUGGACAACGUCAGUAAAUUGUCCGAUUUGUUUGUGGACGAAAUCAUCAAGGAAAUCAUCACAUUCAAAGGCGACGAGUUGAAAACGGGGCUUGGGCUCUUGUGUAUAUUACUCAAAACACGACAGACGCACGUCAAUUUUCUCGAGUUGAUCAGGCUAUACCUCGUAGAGACAGACCAACAGAAUUCGAAGAACAUUUUAAGUGUUUUAAACUCCGCGGCACAUGUUGGUGGACCGGAGAGGUACUACGCAUUCCCCGGAUUACUAACAUGUUUGUACAGCGAUGUUACUGUUGGUAAGAGUGACACUUGGGGUGUCGCUCUAUCUUUUUUAAGCCAAGGCGACGGCGUUGUGUUUUCUGUUCGCACCCCGUCGAGCAAAAUAGUGCUUCAAGUUGAAAGCGGUCAGUUAACUGUGGUGUGUGGGAAUGACGAGAACAACGUCAACAAGAAGAAGGAAAACAGUCGGACGAAGAUGAAAGAAAACAAGUGGCAUACAAUAACACUGUUAUGCUCGAAAAGAGGGCAUCGAGUCACCGUGGACUACGAUAAAGAGAAUAUGGUGUUCCAAAUGAAUUACCCUCAAAACGAGAAAGGAGUGUUCUCAAUUGGAGGGAUACCCGGAGACGCGGAGAGUUACUUUAAAGGGUAUGUCACCGAUGUCACGCUGUUGCCGAGUGAAACUGUCAUCCAAUAUUUUCCUGAAAUUGGGAAGGUAAAUGGUGGGGCAACAGCUAUCGAAAGUGAGAGAGAAGGAAAAGGUAAAAUCGGCUUUGUGUGUUACCAAAUCAGCCAGUUCAGUCCAAUUCAAGUAGUUGAGAGAGAGACGACGGGAAGCAUUAUACGACGCACUGGCGGAAUUGGAGGAAUUGUUUCGAUGUUGGACUACAAGCGGAACAAACGGAGUUUUGAAGAUAGCAACGCGAUACUGGAAUUAUUGUAUGUUGUUUUAACAGUGUUUCCUGUGUUACGGAAAGACGCGAUUGAGAGUGAAGACAUAACAAAGAUCUUCAUGGGGCUGAUUGAGUUAGCGAAAGAAAGUAAAGUCCCACAUUUGGAGGAGAGUGUGAAACCCAAACAUCCUGUAGCGCACGAGUUCAUUGAAUUUGGACUGAAAAUGGUAUCUACAAACAUCUUUACGCCGAUCAGGAAUUUGGUUCUGAGACACUUAUUUAAUAUCGAAUGGUGGGAGAGUGAUAAACUGAAACUUGAAUUUACUAAGGAAUUAACGAAGACAGUCACAGUGGAAGUUAUAGACGAACUUCCAUUUAAACUGUUUGAGAAAGUGUCCUAUCGAAACUUGUUGAGUUGGUAUCUUGGGGGAGAGAUACCGGAACUUGUCGAGGAGAACGUGCCGAAAGUGCACUACCAAUGGAGAUGUGGGUAUAUACAAUAUGUCUCAACGAUUGUUGUGACUGAUUUCAUAGUGGUACAAUACUAUGUCACUGACAUACUGAAGCUCCUUGAUAAGUCAAUUAAAGAGCAAAAUCAUAAGGACACAGGACUUUUGUUAUACACCUUUCUGUGCUUUGUGUUGUUCUCGAAAUACCAAAUUAAAGACUAUGUGAAGCUCAUGUUACUGAAGAACAAGGCGAUGUUGCUCGAGUUGUAUAUGACACCAAACCCAAGUUUUGUGAAAAACUCAGUGCAACGCAUUUUGGCGCUUCUGAAGAUCCAAGUCAAUUUCGACACGAUUGAAACGGCAUUGGGAACGACACGGUUGACACCACUACUCUACCAAAUCUGCAUUGAAACGACUUAUAAUAACGUGCGAAACACAUACUGUGAUACAACGAAAAGUGGAUAUCUCUCUUCCGAGUCAUUCAUUUCGUCGAUGGACAAGAAGAAAGUUGGUGACGACUACAUAACACCAUUUUUGAAGGCACUGUCGCAAAGCAUCACAAAGAACUUUUCGAGAAACAAAGUAGUCUUAGACAUUGUUCUGAAUGAUCUCAUCUUGUGUAAAGAAGACCAUUGUGUGUGGCAGUGUCUCAUUCAAAGCAAAGAAUGGCUGUUUGUGUUUGUUGACAUUGCAGUUGGUCUUGUCACACAGAAAGAGGCUGAGAUGCUGUCGCGCUUUGAAACGAUCUUUGCGCGAGUGAUUGGAGUGUCAUUCACACGAACCAAAGUGACAUUAGAAAGUGUUGUGUGUCACAUUCUGUGUCGCUUGAAGAACAAACAACACUUUUUUAACAUCUUUCGAGGGGUAAUGAGAAAUUUGUGCUUUGACAUUGUACCGAAUAUCGACGAGAAGAGCCAAGAAGUGAUGGUACAACAGAUGAUAUUUCUCUUCAGCGAGUUCUUCUGUUAUAUGUCGUCCUUUGGGUUUGAUGAGCAUUUGCCCCAUUUCAAAGAAGACUACGAACUGGUGAAGAGGUGCUUAGGGUUUCACUACCCACAGCCGAAAAGUUGCACGUCUGUGGUGUCCCAAAUGCAACACAUCUUCACUGUGAAUUUGAUCUUCUGCCAACUCAACGCGAUUUGCCUUGUUCAAGACGUAGAACUGCUGAGAAAGACUUUACAAUUGAUUCCCCCCUAUUUGGUACAUCGUCCUGGAUUUGAGGGGUAUGACAGUUGGGUUAUUUCUCAUUUGUAUGAUAUCACACAGAGUUGUAGUGAUGCGAACGUGAGGAGGGAUAUUGGGAAUAUGAUGUAUUUACUUAACCAACAACGACAAGUCCCUAAUGUGUUAGACACUAAAGGGAUCAAAAGGUUUGGAGACCAGCUCACUGCGUUUUAUAAGAAGCAAGAAGAUGGUCUUAAAGAGCAAACAGCCGUGUUAAAAGAACAAGUGAAUCGAAAUAAGGAUGUGAUCAAAGUAGUAUUUAAAGAUGUGUAUUACCCGAAUCUGGGUUGA